AUGGUGGAUGAAACAUCAACAAUUAAUAAUACCAGUGGAACAACUAAUAACAAUCAAGGUGAACAUAUUCAAGUAAAAGUAAGAUCACCAGAUGGGGAUGAAGUAUUUUUUAAAAUAAAAAGAAAAACAAAACUAGAAAAGUUGAUGGAAGUUUAUUGUAAUCGCCUUGGUCAAUCAAUGGAAGCAGUUCGAUUUUUAUAUGAUGGAGAUAGAAUACAUGGAGAUAGUACACCUGAUCAACUUUGCAUUGAAGAUGGUGAUGUAAUUGAUGCAAUGGUACAACAAACGGGAGGAAAUAUUUAA